AUGCCGUCGCACGCGGAUCUGGAUCGGCAGAUAGAGCAGUUGAUGGAGUGCAAGCCUUUAACGGAGGCGGAGGUGAAGGUGCUGUGUGAUCAAGCGAGGACGAUACUUGUGGAGGAAUGGAAUGUGCAGCCGGUGAAGUGUCCGGUCACGGUGUGUGGUGAUAUUCACGGACAGUUUUACGAUUUGAUCGAGCUGUUUCGGAUAGGCGGAAAUUCUCCGGAUACGAAUUACCUCUUCAUGGGCGAUUAUGUUGAUCGUGGGUACUAUUCAGUGGAGACGGUCACACUUUUAGUGGCUCUGAAAGUUCGGUAUAGAGAUAGAAUUACAAUCCUUCGAGGAAAUCAUGAGAGUCGGCAAAUCACUCAAGUGUAA